AUGCAACUCAUUAGAAAUUUUUUUUUUAAAAUGAAAAUAGAUAUAUUUUUUACAACUAUUAUUUUAUUUUCUAUAAUAGUUGAUGUAUUCACCUUUAGACAACAAACAGCAGCAGUUAAGGGACGUCUGUUGUGUGGAGAUAAACCAGCUUCUGGUGUUAGAGUUAAAUUAUGGGAUAAAACAAAAUUAGGUAGUGAUACACAAUUAGAUUCCAAGACAACAGAUGGAAUGGGAAAUUUUGAAUUAACUGGCGGUAUUGGUAGUUUACUUCCAAUGAAUGUUAUAUUAAAAAUUUAUCAUGAUUGUGAUGAUGGAAAACUUCCAUGUCAAAGAAAAGUUAAACUUGGGAUUCCAAGUGAAUAUGUUACAAGAAGUUCUGUUGUAGAAAAAUGGUUUGAUAUAGGUACUUUAAAUCUUCAAGUAAUAGUUCCAGAUGAGGAACGUUCUUGUAUCAAUUAA